CAUCACUUGCAGUUGCAUCAGGCGGUUUCAGUUAUCACAUUACACAGUGUUCGUUGCUUUUGUAUGCUUGCCGUCGUCGUGUAGUUUUGAUGGUUACUGCGUUGAGGUUUUACGAUUUUCUUUAUCAAAUACAAAAUUGUAAUUUGAUUGAAUUUAAUAAUUACCAUUAGAUUACUAUAUUCUGUGUGUACGAUUAACGCGUUAUGUUAUUGAAGAAUUCUCGUUCAUCAAUAGUCUGAAAAAUUACGAACUGGUUUGCCGGAUUAUGUAGGCACCAUUGUUUAUCAGGAGGAAAUUGGAGAAGGAGAAGAAUUACCAAGUUUAAAUCACAUUUUUUGAUGGAAUUUUCAACGUGCGUCGUUUAAAAAUAAGGACUACCUCAGCUGUGAAAAUGUCUGUUAAACAAAAGCAACUCGCAGAAUGGAAAAAACGAGCCAGAUCGGAGUACAUGCGUCUAGUGCAGAUUAAGCGGCAUAAAAAAACAGACGAAGUAAAGGUGCAAUGGGCUGCGAAUUCGCAAAAAAUAACCGAUAAUUGGCUCGAGAAGCACAAGAAAUGGGAAGAAGGUUGCAAAGCGUUAUGGGACGCCAGGCUAGAUCCGCCGUCCAAUGUAGCAAGAAUCAGGAAAGCCAUAUCUACGUCGCUCGAUAACGAAACGACUACAUGCUGUAUCAAAAUUAUUCAUUCCAUUAGUCCUAUUCCUUGUAUGUACACAUGGGCUCCAAUACAGCAAAACUUCAUGGUGGAAGAUGAAACAGUUCUGCACAAUAUUCCUUAUAUGGGCGACGAAGUCCUCGAGCAAGAUGGAACUUUCAUAGAAGAAUUGAUUAAAAAUUACGAUGGUAAAGUUCACGGUGACAGAGAAGGUGGAUUUAUCGACGAUCAAACCUUUUUAGAAUUAAUCAAUUCUCUUUUAACAUAUCAAAUCAAAGAUCAGGAAGGAGAAAACAAAUCAUCGGAUAGGAAGAAUAGCAAAAGCGAGUCUUCUGAGGAUACCAAAAAACCGUUUCCACUGCCGAUAAUUUUUCAAACUAUUUCGUCCAUGUUUCCAGAGAAAGGCAAACCUGAUGAAUUGAAAGAAAAAUAUGCUCGUUUGACACAAAGUAGCGAUCCAAAUUCUCCAUCUGAAUGUACUCCCAACAUAGACGGUCCUAACGCCGAAUCUGUGAUGAGGGAACAAACCAUGCACUCGUUUCGUUCGUUGUUUUGUAGAAGAUGUUAUAAAUACGACUGUUUUCUGCACCGUUUGAAAUCACAUCAUCCUGGUCCAAAUCCUCUCAAACGUAAAGGACCCGAUUUGAAAUUAUUUUCCGAUCCGUGUGGCUCCGAUUGUUAUGUGUUAUUGGAGGGAAUGAAAGAAAAAUUAGCUGCAGCUGCAGCCAAAGCUGAAUCAGAAGCCAGCAAGUUGAAAGACGAAGACGAUGAGGAUGAUUACGAGAAUUCCAUCGUUGAGCAUACAUCGCGUCGUAGACGAAGAUCUAGUGACACUGCCUCGCUUAGUCAAUUGGAUACAAAACCAGAACCUAGGACAAAGAAAUCAGUGCCUCGCACUCACAGCUUAGAUGAUAGCGGUAGGCCUCCAAAAGUGAAAAAACAAAUAUCUGUGGAUUCCGGCAAUGAUGCCAGCUCGGAAGACAGCAACGAUAGUAAAGGUUUCCAAUCUCAGUUCCUUACAUUCUUGGAUGGAAAUAUUGAUCAUUCUGAGCAAGAUAAACCAGUUUCCACGACAACAUCGUUCUCUUUAGUCAAAGUCUUAGGUCCGGAUACCGAAUGGACGGGAUCUGAUCAAUCUCUUUUUCGAACAUUACAUAAAGUUUUCCUGAAUAAUUACUGUGCCAUUGCUCAAAUUAUGCUAACCAAGACCUGCCAACAAGUGUACCAGUUUGCUCAGCAAGAAGACAUUGACUUGAAAGCUGAAGAUUUCAUGAAAGAUUUAACUCCCCCGAGAAAAAAGAAAAAACAGAAACAUCGUUUGUGGUCCCACCACUGCCGAAAAAUACAACUUAAGAAAGAUAACUCCUCGAAUCAUGUGCAUAAUUUUACACCAUGUACACAUCCUCCAACUCAGCCUUGCGAUCAAACUUGCCCAUGCGUCGAAGCGCAAAACUUCUGUGAAAAGUUCUGUCGUUGUAGUUCUGAUUGUCAAAACAGGUUCCCUGGAUGUCGUUGCAAAGCGCAAUGUAACACGAAACAAUGCCCGUGUUAUUUAGCGGUUCGCGAAUGUGAUCCUGAUUUAUGUCAAGCUUGCGGAGCUCACGAAUACGACGUGAAUAAAAUUUCAUGCAGAAAUGUCAGCGUACAAAGAGGAUUGCAUAAACAUUUAUUGAUGGCGCCUUCAGAUGUGGCCGGUUGGGGAAUUUUUUUGAAAGAUUCGGCUCAAAAGAACGAAUUUAUUUCGGAAUACUGCGGAGAGAUUAUAUCCCAGGAUGAAGCCGACCGUAGAGGAAAAGUUUAUGACAAAUACGCGUGCAGCUUUUUAUUUAAUUUGAAUAACGAUUUUGUCGUUGACGCAACCAGAAAAGGUAAUAAAAUCAGAUUCGCUAAUCAUUCCAUCAAUCCUAAUUGCUAUGCUAAAGUUAUGAUGGUAAAUGGAGAUCACAGAAUUGGUAUUUUUGCGAAGCGUCCUAUUCAACCGGGAGAAGAAUUAUUUUUUGAUUAUCGGUAUGGGCCUACUGAACAAUUGAAAUUUGUUGGUAUUGAACGUGAAAUGGAAUUUUUAUAGGGAUUUAGUGAGUUUGGUGUUAUUUCAUAAUUUUCAGUUGCGAGAUAUUUUUAUACAUUUAUUUGUUAAUAAUAUUUGUGAUAUUUCAUAUUUCUGAGCUGGAUUCCUUGAUAAAUUAUAUUCAAUUUAAUGAUCAUGUUGAGUAGUUCCAAUAAAUAGAUAUCGAAUUUUUUCUUAUCAA